GGGGGAUUCAGUGAAGGAAGCUCGUAACAUGGCGGAUAGCGAGGAAGGCUUUGGACUCCCGACCACGCCGGCUGACUCAGAGGCCAAAGAGCUCCAGGCUGAAGCCAAGCAGGACACUCAGCUGGGGGCCACCAGCAAGUCCCCCACCUCACCCCAAGCAGCCUUCACCCAGCAGGGCAUGGAGGGGAUCAAAGUCUUUUUGCACGAACGGGAGCUGUGGCUGAAAUUCCACGAAGUGGGGACGGAGAUGAUCAUAACAAAGGCCGGGAGGCGUAUGUUCCCCAGCUACAAAGUGAAGGUGACUGGACUGAAUCCAAAAACUAAGUACAUCCUGUUGAUGGAUAUUGUCCCCGCCGAUGACCACAGAUACAAAUUUGCAGAUAAUAAAUGGUCGGUGACAGGGAAGGCAGAGCCGGCCAUGCCCGGGCGCCUCUACGUGCACCCCGACUCCCCGGCCACGGGUGCCCACUGGAUGAGGCAGUUGGUUUCCUUCCAGAAGCUCAAACUCACCAACAACCACCUCGAUCCCUUCGGACAUAUCAUCCUGAACUCCAUGCACAAAUACCAGCCUCGGCUCCACAUCGUGAAAGCGGACGAGAACAACGGCUUUGGCUCCAAGAACACGGCCUUCUGCACUCACGUCUUCCCGGAGACCGCUUUCAUCGCUGUCACCUCCUACCAAAACCACAAGAUCACCCAGCUGAAGAUUGAGAACAACCCCUUUGCCAAAGGCUUCCGUGGCAGUGAUGACAUGGAGCUCCACAGGAUGUCCAGGAUGCAGAGUAAGGAGUACCCGGUUGUUCCCAGGAGCACAGUGAGACAAAAAGUGUCCUCGAAUCACAGCCCCUUCAGCGGUGAGACCAGGGUCCUUUCUGCCUCCUCCAACCUCAGCUCCCAGUACCAGUGUGAGAACGGGGUGUCCAGCACCUCCCAGGACCUGCUCCCACCUGCCAACCCCUACCCCAUCUCCCAGGAGCAUGGCCAGAUCUACCACUGCACCAAGAGAAAAGACGAGGAAUGUUCCACCACCGAGCAUCCCUACAAGAAGCCCUACAUGGAAACUUCUCCAGCAGAAGAGGAUGCUUUCUACAGGCCCAGUUACCCCCAGCAGCAGGGACUGAACCCCUCGUACAGGACUGAGUCCGCCCAGCGCCAAGCCUGUAUGUACGCCAGCUCUGCUCCCCCCACGGACCCCGUGCCCAGCCUGGAAGACAUCAGCUGUAACACCUGGCCCAGCGUGCCCUCCUACAGCAGUUGCACAGUGUCUGCCAUGCAGCCCAUGGACAGGUUACCCUACCAACACUUCUCUGCCCACUUCACCUCGGGGCCGCUGAUGCCGCGGCUCGGCGGCGUGGCCAACCACACCUCCCCCCCCCAGCUCGGAGACACCCACGCCAUGUUCCAGCACCAGACCUCAGUUUCCCACCAGCCCAUCGUCCGGCAGUGUGGACCUCAAACCAGUGGCAUCCAGUCCCCUCCCAGCAGCUUACAGCCCGCCGAGUUCCUCUAUUCCCACGCCGUGCCUCGAACCCUUUCUCCCCACCAGUACCACUCGGUGCACGGGGUGGGCAUGGUGCCAGAGUGGAGUGAGAACAGCUAACGAGGAGAGGGGGGGGAAA